AUGGCUUUUGCUUUAAGAAGCAAUCGGCUUUUCAGAACAACCACUGUUUCAUCAGAUUUUCAUGAUGUAUUUUCUCAGGCUCAAAAUUCAUCAAGAGCUUCUUGUUCUCAAGAUUGUCUUAAUGGAGCAGUUUGCACAAAGACAGGAGUUUGUGACUGCGAGACAUUUCAGGCACAGGGACAGCGCUGCCAAAUCAUUCCAAACAUUGGCAAAGACAGAGGUGGGAUUUGCAAAUCAUGGGGGCAAUACCACUUUGAAACAUUUGAUGGCAUCUACUACUACUUCCCAGGAAACUGUUCAUAUAUUUUUGUGAAAGAUUGCAGUGAUCCAGAACCUCAGUACACUGUGUGGAUUAAUAAUAGUCCUCACUGUGCUGGUUCAGUGUAUUCUUGUUUACGGUCAAUAAGCUUGUUCGUUUCAAAUCAGGAUGAAAUACACAUAUCGGGACAUGAUGUUAGAAAGGGUAGAAUCAGGUUGUCUUUGCCCCAAACAGUUGGAAAUAUUUUCAUUGAGAAAUUAGCAAAUUAUAUUUUGGUGAAAACUACAUUUGGCUUUUCCCUAGCUUGGGAUGGAAACUCUGGGAUUUACAUUAAAUUGACAGAAGAACACAAGGGAAAAACAUGUGGUCUCUGUGGAAAUUAUAAUAACAACACAUCAGAUGAUCUCAUAUUACAAAGUAGUGACUAUACAGAAGAUAUAGCUAAAUUUGCUAACAGCUGGGCUAUACAAAUCCCAGAUGAUGCAACCUGUGAAGCUAUUGCAUCUAGUUUUCCUAGUCCUUGCAACAUUGAUACAGAAUCUUACGAGAGUAUCUACUUCAAGUGCCAAAUACUCCUGCACUUUCCUUUUCUAAGUUGUCAUCAAAGCAUAGAUCCUUAUCCCUACAUUUCCAGCUGCAUGAAUGACCUAUGUAGAAAGGAUGAUGAUGAAACCUAUUGCCGAGCAGUAACAGAAUAUGCUCGCUCAUGUUCACAUGUAGGCUAUCCUAUUAGAGAUUGGAGAGAUGACUUUCCAGCCUGUACUGACAGUUGUGAAGAUACUUUUAUUCACCGGGAUUGUAUUAGCUGUUGUCCACCAACCUGUACUUUUGAGAAAGACUGUCUAGGUAGUAAUCUCCAUUGCUUAGAUGGAUGCUAUUGCCCAGAUGGCCUUAUAAUGGACAAUGGAACUUGUAUUUCUGCAUCAGAUUGCCCAUGUGUUUAUCAUGGGACAGCUUUCCCUGUAGGUUCAACAAUUGAACAAGAAUGUACUGAAUGUUUAAUUGUUGGUGAAUCCCAUUUCACAACUUUUGAUGGUCGCCAUUAUACCUUUCUUGGGAGCUGUCAGUAUAUUCUGGUAAAAGGCACCGGGAAAGACAAAUUCACACUCACGUUACAGAAAAGUCCCUGUGGACAGAGCAUUGAUUAUGAUUGCAUUCAAUCUUUGACGCUAAUUUUUGAAGACGACAUAAGCAAGCAAGUGACUCUCUUCCGGGGUGGUGAAAUACAGUACAGUUCCUUCAGCCAGGGAUUCACCCUAAAUGGAUAUAUGGAAGUACAGAAUCUGUCUUCAUUGUUUGUGCAGUUAAAAACUAAAUUUGGUUUAAAAAUCCAGUUUGCUAAAGAUGGCAAAAGAGUGUAUAUUCAACUCAGCGCUGAGUGGAAGAGCAGAACGAUGGGUCUCUGUGGAACUUAUAAUGGAAAUCUGAGAGAUGAUUUUCUUUCCCCAUCAGGAAUGAUUGAAGGAACUCCACAACUUCAUGCUAAUGCAUGGAAGAUUUCAUCAGCAUGUCACAUGCCUGUCAACAUUCCUGUGGUUGAUCCUUGCAACAUUAACCAACAAAAUGUUGCAUAUGCAUCCCAGUGUGAUCUCAUCAAUCAAGAACUCUUUGCUCCAUGUCACAUAUACAUCAGUCCAGAUUUAUAUUACCAGCUAUGUCGCUUUGAUGCUUGCAAAUGUGGGAGAAGUUGCUUGUGCAAUGCCUUUGCACACUAUGCUUAUAUUUGCAGCAAGCAUGGGAUUACUAUAGAUUUCAGAUCUCAUGUUUCAUACUGUGCAAUAGUGUGCAGAAGUGGAAUGCUGUAUCACCCAUGUUCCUCCUUCUGUGAGCACUCCUGUUCUUCCCUUUCUCUUCUGGAUGCUUGUGAUAAUGACUGCGCUGAAGGCUGUAACUGCCCUGAAGGAAAAUACUUUGAAGAAUCUAUUAAUUUUUGCGUGCCAAUGGCUAACUGUCGAUGUUAUUAUAAAGGCAGAAGUUUUCAGCCUGGAGAAAUUUUGCCCACACCAUCAGGGUCAUGCCAAUGCCUAAAUGGAACAAUGAAAUGCAAUGAAGCAGCAGCUGUCCCUGCAGUGCAUUCAUGUCCUGAUGGAAAGAUCUACUAUGACUGCCAAUCUCAUGUAUCUGGCUUGCCAUCAGGUGGAGUAAACUGUGAACUAACAUGUACAAACAUUGCUAUGAACUUUACCUGUACACCUUCUCCACCAUGUUUGAGUGGUUGCAUCUGUCCCCCUGGGAUGGCGGAACAUAAAGGAAAAUGUUAUGUGCCUGAUAGUUGUCCAUGCAUGUGGAAGGAUUGGGAGUAUAUAUCAGGUGAAGUGAUAGCAACCCCUUGUUAUACAUGUAUUUGCCGACGUGGGAUAUUUAACUGCACAUACUAUCCUUGUCCUGCUGUAUGCACAGUCUACGGAGAUCGGCAUUAUUAUACUUUUGAUGGACUAGAAUAUGACUAUGUGAGUGACUGUCAGAUUUAUUUAAUAAAGAGUGUUGACAGUUCAAACUUGUCUCUAAUUGUUCAAAAUAAGAAGUGCUUCGAUAAUGACAUUGUUUGUUCAAAAGAUAUGUUGCUAACUAUUGGAGACUCUGAGAUUUUUUUCAGUGAAUCUCUAGACAUAGAGGGGAUGCUCAGGAGACAUGGAGACAAAUCCAAGUAUCAAGUUUGGAAAGCUGGAUAUUAUGUGGCAAUACAUUUUCCAGAGGAAGAGUUCAUGGUACUGUGGGACAGGAAGACAACAAUGCAUGUUAAAGUUGGAGCUCGAUGGAAGGGUAAAUUAGCUGGUUUAUGUGGAAAUUUUGACAAAUUUACUUCAAAUGAUCUGACUACAUCCAACAAUAUGGAGGUAAAAAAUGCUCAAAUUUUUGGAGAGAGUUGGGCAAUAGGACAGUGUGCAAGUCCAAAUGAGACCAACAAACAAUGUGAAGUCCAUCAGAGCAAGUUCCCCUAUGCCAAAAAAGAAUGUUCAGUUUUAUACAGUGAUAUUUUUGCCUCUUGCCGUACUGUGAUUGAUGUAACAUCAUUUGUGAAAAACUGUCAUACAGAUACGUGCAACUGUAAUCUUGGUGGAGACUGUGAAUGUCUGUGUACUAGCAUUGCAGCUUACGCUCACAAAUGUUGCCAGCAGGGUGCAGUAAUUCACUGGCGAUCUCCUUCUCUCUGUCCUUACGAUUGUGAUUAUUACAACCAAGAACUUGGGAAAGGGCCUUAUAUUUUGGCCAGUUAUGGACAGAAUGAUACAGUUAUAGGUAUCAAUGUUAACAGCAAAAAGAUAUUUCCAUUAUUUAGAAACAAACUCCAAGAAAAUGUAUAUUAUAAUUUUAUGCUAACUCCUGGACUUUACAAAGAUAAAAUUUUAUCUUCAUCUCUGAUUUCACUUGAGUGUGCAGAAAGGCCAAACUACUUUCUUUAUGUACACAAUGACAACAACAUUUUCUUAGCACAGUGGGAUGCAAGUUUGUCAUUUCGUAGAAGAACGACUUUUAUCCAUCACCAAGGACUUUGGAUCUCUGGUUAUAGUGCAUUUGAACUGCACAGCAACAGAGGUUUCUUCCUUACACUUAGCAUUUCAGCAGUGAAAAUCUUGAAGUUUGUUGAUUCUGAAGAAUUCAAAAGCUUAAGUAGCUUCAGUAUUGAGGAACUCCAUGCAGCAAUACCUUACAGGAGGAUGUGUGAAUGGAGAUAUGAACCUUGUACAAGUCCUUGUGUUAAAACAUGCGAUGAUCCUGAAGGAACGGCAUGCAAAUUUCUUCCACCGGUUGAAGGGUGCUUACCAUAUUGUCCAAAAGCUAUGAUCCUAGAUGAAGUCACACUUAAAUGUGUUUAUCCAGAAGAUUGCAUUCCUGUGAAACCAUCAGAAUCUUCAUUUGGAACCAAACCAGUUAGAACAAACCCUACAAUGCUAAUGACUGCUUUUUCUUUAAUAACUAAGUCAACUACACCAUUGGAAGUUGCACCAAGAUACCUUGAUCCUGUAGACAAAUGUAGCCAAUACGUCUGCAUUAACAUGGAAUGGAUGCUGUACAAUCUUUCAAAGAACUGCCAUAAGAAUGUGGAGAAACCUGACUGUGGUUUUCGAGGGAUGCCAGUUCAGACCAACAGCGACAGCUGCUGUCCUGAAUGGGAAUGUCCUUGUCAGUGUUCUAUCCUCUCUGAACUGAGUAUCAUUACAUUUGAUGGAAAUAAUGUUGCACUAUAUAAAGUAGCAUCCUAUAUUUUAGUCAAGUUACCCACAGAAAUUAUUGUGGCUCAUAUUGAAAAAUGCCCUGCUAAUCAGAGUGCAAAUUCAAUAAGAAAACUAGUCCCAGCAGGAAGUGCUUCUGGUCUUUGUUUUAAGAAACUUAAUGUAACAAUACCACCUUAUGCAGUACUUAUUAACCGCUUAGCAAGAAAGGUAAUUGUGAAUUCUAUAAUCCAACCUUUGCCUUUUUUGCAAGAGGGCAUAUGUAUUCAGGACACUGGAGCAAUGUAUGUAAUCAGUACCCCAGCUGGAAUCAAUAUUAAAUGGGCUCAUGUUACAGGCAUUAUGGACAUCCAAUAUGGCUUUAACUCUAAUGUAUCUAUAAAGACAGAAGGGCUUUGUGGUGUCUGCAAUGGUGAUCCUUCUGAUGACUUGAAAAUGCAAAAUAGAACAAUAAUUACAAAUAUGGAAGAAGUUGAGAUUUUUAUUAAAAGUUGGGAAAUUGAGAAAUCUUUUGAUGUAACAACAAGAAGACCCAUUAGAAACUGCACAGAGGAUAAUUGUACAUAUUGCAUGGAACUCUUGCAGAAGUGGGUUUUUGCCUCUUGUCACAAAAAAGUCUCACCACAAGAUUUUUGUGAAAAAAUGUGGGUUAACGAUACCUAUUUUGAGAAUUAUGAAUGUGAUGCACUUUCUGCAUAUGUAGCACUAUGCAACAAGCAUAAUAUCUGCAUUAAGUGGAGGACACCAGAUUACUGUUGGCUUGCUUGUCCUUAUGGGAAGGAAUAUCAACCUUGUGUGCAACCCUGUGAUGCUAAAACAUGCCUAAAUAAAUGGUUUUAUGAAAAAUCAUCAUGUUCCUAUUUAAGAGAAGAUUGUGUUUGUAAAAAGGGGACCAUUCUUCAUAGAACAGACUCUGACCUUUGCAUUCCAGAAGAAAAAUGUGUCUGUACAGAUAACGGAGGGCAUCCUCACUCUGUUGGGGAGGUUUGGAUUGGCUCCAAUAAAGGAUGCUGCAUAUAUAAGUGCAUGGAGAAUGGGAGCAUUAUUGAUACAGAGCCUGAAUGUGAUAAGCAGCCAUCUCCAAUGUGUGACAGAGAGGCUGAAGUGAUUGUCAGUGUAACUGAAGAACAAACUUGCUGUCCAAAAAAUAUCUGUGAAUGCAACAUGACUCUAUGCAGCCCUAUUAUCCCAGUAUGCAGAAGUACUGAGAAGCUGACAGUUAGAUAUACUCCUGUCUCCUGCUGUCCUCAAUAUCAGUGUGAAUGUGAUAUGUCAGCAUGUCCCAAUGUUACUCGUCCAGAAUGCCGAGAAGAUCAGUUUAUUGUGGAAGUAAAAUUGGAUGAUACUUGCUGUUUAUCCUAUUUGUGUGUUUGUGAAUCUUGCAUUGAACCUGUUCCAGAAUGCAAUGAAGAAGAACUUCUUGCAGUAGAUCUUAGUACUGCACAGUACUGUUGUCCUCAUUAUCACUGUGUAUGUGAAGAGAAUCUAUGUCCUUCACCUCUUCUGAAUUGCUCUACUGAUAUGAAACUGAUUAAAAAAACAGUACCUGGACAGUGUUGCCCAGACUGGAAUUGUGAAUGUGAUUGUGAGAACAGUACUGUACCAAGCUGUAAAUUGGAUGAAGUUUGGAAAAUAAGUGCUAAUACUUCUACUACAUGUGGAUGUCCACAAUACAUUUGUGAAAAAAGAAAUGUCUGUAUAUUCCAAGAAGUCACUGUUCUGAACCCAGGUCAGACAUUGAUUCAACAUUUGGAUGGAGAACUUUGUUAUACGGCAAAGUGUUCACAAGAAAGGGACCCUAACACAGGAUUUCACAUGAUGAAUCUGGCAGUAGUUAAUUGUUCCCAAAAAUGUGAAGCACAUCAAGUACACAACCCAUCUGAUGGUCAACAUUCUUGUUGUGGUUCCUGCAUAAAUGUCUCAUGUCCUUUUUAUACUGACAAUGGAACUCUUGAGAUUUAUGAAGAAGGAAGCACAUGGGACUCAAACUGCACUAAAUAUGAAUGUGCAAAGAUUGGUGCGGAGACAGUGGUACUUGGCUCCAGUGUGUUUUGCCCACCCUUUAAUGAGACUGAAUGUGUAAAGAAUGGAGGCUCUGUGCAGACCUAUCACAAUGGCUGCUGCAAGACCUGUAAAAGAGAGGAAAGGAUUUGCCAGAAAAUAAUUGUUAGAACUACUGUAAGAAAAGAAGACUGCAUAAGCCAAAGUCCUAUAAAUGUGGCUUCUUGUGAUGGGAAAUGCCCCUCUGCUACAAUUUUUAAUGUCAACAUUGAUAGCCAUUUAAGGUUUUGCAAAUGCUGCCGUGAAAAUGGAGUUCAGAAUCUAACAGUGCCACUUUACUGCUCUGGAAAUGGCACUGAAAUUCUGUAUGUCGUGCAGGAACCUACGGACUGUUCAUGCCAGUGGAAUUAA